GAGUGUAAUGGUCACUUACCCUAUAGCUCGGAACCACUAACGUGUUCCCUCAAAACUCGCUCGGUUAACGAAACUUUCUUAUCAAAAAUAGUUUUUCUUCUUUUUUUUUUAAUCUAUAAACUGUAAGUUAUCAUUCGACCUUCGUGUCCCCUCUCUCUUUCUCGCGUUCGGUUUUCUAGCCACCUGUUUUCGUGACUACUUUCUAUCACGAUCGUGCAGCAUUUGAGUCAUGAGUCGCGUGUUGAAAGGGCUAGUUCUAAUCAGAGGUCACAUCGUGGGUGGAGGGAACCAGAAUUCGAACACACUACUACUACUUAUCGAGUUAAAAUCGCACUUAAAAAAAUAAAUAAAAGAUGGCUGAGCAACAGCUACGUUCCUCCAUUUCCGCAUUUUACUUAAAAAAACUGGUUUUUUUUUCUUUUUCUUCACUUUACGCAAAUGAUGAAGCGGAUGAAUUGCUUCGACAGAAUAGGGUCACGUAGUUAUAUGCGCUAAUAACCAAUGAGGUUCCGGAGGUACAGUACAUCAAUCGAUUCGAGAGCAACACGUGGCAGACAGUCUUAAAUAGCUUUACUCCAUGGUGCAAAGUACUGAUGCUCGAUGGUAAUACGAACUUUCCAGAUCGAAUUGUAGCAUUGUUCGUUUUCUGGUCGGGAGUCGCCUUUCUCUUAGUAAAUUUUAGCUUGGCUCUGACUCGUUACCCUCAACAACUCGAUUUUUUUUCGUUUCGAAAAUGAUGUCUAAAAUGCAAUUUACAGGAAGUGGACCGCCUUGAACAACCAGUGGCCUGCUUAAAAACAUUCUAGUUCGUAACGCCCACCUCGUUUUAUUGUAUUAUCUCACAUUUAGUACGUCGUUUUCGGCUCUAGAUAUGAUUUACUCGUUGCGUGUUGACUCCCGUUUUUUUAGAGAUCAAGUAAAUAUUUCAACGGGCUUCAGGCGCAAUUCUGCAGGCUUCAAUUUAAUUUAAAAGCUUAUUUAAUUUAUAUUAUAAAGUCAUAAAAAGUUCACUAGAAUAGAGAAUUUUAUUUUCAUAUUUUGAGGCAUUUUUUUGUGAGGUUCCUGUCUAGAGAGUUCAGGAAAUUUGCCGAGAUUUAUGUGUCUGACGGUUUGUUUUGAUACUUUUUUUAGAGUAUCAAUCAUAUUUCGGAGCAGUUCUUAGUUUAGUGUGGAAUUUCGAAGUCUGAUAUAAAGGUUAGGGAUUCGGAUCGUACUUAAAAUUGAUUAAAUUCGUGUAAUUAGAUAUCGGAGUGGUUCAAAUUUUGCGGUGUCCAGGUGUUAAAAAUUCAAAGUUCGUGCUUCAGAUGACGAAUUUAAUACGUUAAACUUUGAAAUUAACGAUUCACAUCGUUUUCUAAAUCAUGGUUUCUGCACGUUAAAUUUAAUAUUUUAAAAUUCUUCAUAGAGAUCAGAAAUUACAAGGGCAAAUUCUUUAAUGAUUCAAUUGGUUUGUGAUAAUUUACAUAUUUAAAUAUUUCUUCGUAUGACGUUUUAGAUUUUCAUAGUUGCAUUUUGAAAUUUGUCAUUGGGUGGGAUACUAUGGGUUUUGGGGAGGUAUUUUUUCUAGAGGUUGGAGUUCAUAUUUUAAAUUCACGAGCUUACGACAUUCCUACACAACCUGCGCAUAGACGUCUACUUUUCUGAUGGAUACAUUCUUAAAAUACUCCAAAAUUUCGCUCUAAAAAUAUUCACUUUUGGCAUUAUAAAUUAGAGAACCCGCUAGGCCGAGAACUUAAAAUUUUUACCUCUCGUUAGUCUUGCACGGUAGCUUAGUUAUAUAUAUAUAUAAAGUAAGUAAACAGUUAAUGGAAACAGUCAGGUGUAAAGACAUUCGGGAAGCACCUUAUUAUAGAAAAUAAUUUUCCUCUGGACGUUGAUCUCCCGCUGUCCGAGCCAUCAUCACUUAACCUGUCAUACGUUGCAUUGGUUCUUCCUGUUAUUGUUCGUGAUCCAUGUCAUAUUUCGAAUACUGUAUAUUGUUGCGGUAGGAGGAAGUGUCAUCGGGAUCGUCACUGCUUAAAAGAUGACGUUUCGCUUGACGCAAUUAAAUUCUGCACCACAGAAAACGACGGGAAAUGCUAAUCAGCCAGCUGCAAUUAGCUUAAGUAAUCGGAAACCUUGAAUUUUCAUCAUGUGAAUCUUUCAAGGACGAGGGAACAUCGUGUGCUUAUUAUUGUUUUCAGUACGUUGCAGACUGCGAGGGGUGUCGUUGGGACAAUUCCAACUUGGAUUAAAGCUUUACUAGGCCAAGCGCGCUCUCGUCACAGUAUAUUGCCUCAUAAACUUGACUGAUUAAAGUACCAGCAACAAGCGGCUCACGUAGCGAGGAUGAUAAAAAUGUUAUCAAAGUAACCAAGCGAUAUUGUUUAAGGCGAAACUGGAUAGAUAAGUGGCGAAACCGUUGAGUGAGUAAAAUGUUAAAUGUAGAGCAAUGUAGUCCUGUUCUGAUAUCAUCACCAUCUGCAACUGUGACAUAUCAUAAAAGAGCAUCUAGUGUGCCAUUAAUUGAAUUGAGGCACUCUGAUGGUGAUGAUGAUAGCUUGGAUUCUGAAAAUAUUUCAAUUAAUGAAAGUACUGAUUUGAAUAAUGAAACAGAUUCUGCAAGUUUAUGCUCAAGAGGAGGGAUAUGUUCCGUGAUUGACUCAGUGGAGAGCAUGAGAGGAGGGCGGGGAGUCUCUCCUAUGGCUCCACCGACUGUCAGGAUCAAGCACAUUACCAGAAACGUGAAUGGCUCGACCAGGUUCCCGAAACUGGACGAAUGCGCCCACUUUCAUUACGAGAAUGUGGAAUUGGGUCCGGUUAAGAUGGGCCUUUACGACGAAAGACAGGAUGCGGGCAAGGCAACAGUAAGUGGUCCCGAGAAGGAGAACGAAUUGAGAAAUCACUGGUUCUGCGUACGAGUCAUCAGUAACGGUAGAUUGUGGACGGUUCGAAGGAGUUACGACAACUUUCGAAUGUUGGAUCGCCAGUUGCACAGAUGCGUCUACGAUCGGAAAUACAGUUUGCUACCCGAGCUGGUUCCUAUAGAGCAACUCCAGUGCGACACAGAGGAUUACCUUCGAAACACUUUGACGUCCUACUUGGAUAGGUUCUCGGAUUUGGCAGGUAGUCUGAUCAGUUGCGGCCCGGUGCUCAACUGGUUGGAGCUCGACAAUCGCGGAAAUCGACUGAUCGUACCCGACGAAGCGGCCAUCAACACGCCUGCGGUAGCUGCCGCCUACGUAGUUAGAAGAUAUACGGCGCAGGCCACCGACGAGAUAUCCUUCGAGGUGGGAGACAUGAUUUCCGUCAUCGACAUGCCUCCUCCGGAAGAAUCGACGUGGUGGAGAGGAAAGAAAGGUUUUGAAGUUGGAUUCUUUCCUUGUGAAUGUGUAGAAGUCAUAGGAGACAAAGUACCUCAUACUAUUAAAGUACCAAAAGCUCCGACUAAACCAGUUUUAAGAAAACAUGGCAAGCUGAUUGCUUUCUUUCGGUCAUUUCUACUUUCUCGUCCUUCCAGAAGGAAAUUAAAACAAAGUGGAAUAUUAAAGGAACGUGUUUUUGGUUGUGAUUUGGGAGAACAUUUAUUGAAUACUGGAAGAGAAAUUCCAUUGGUUUUAAAGUGUUGUACAGAAUUUAUAGAAGAACAUGGGAUAGUUGAUGGAAUAUAUAGACUGUCUGGCGUUAAUUCAAAUAUACAGAAGCUCAGGUUAGCAUUCGAUGAAGAUCGAAUUCCUGAUCUUACCGACGAAGCCAUCGUCCAAGAUAUCCACUGUGUUGCCUCUUUGUUAAAAAUGUAUUUUCGUGAAUUACCAAAUCCAUUAUUAACAUAUCAGUUAUAUGAUAAAUUUGUGAAUGCUGUGCAGUCCGAAGAAGAAGUUAGAUUAUUAAGAUUACGUGAUGUGGUUCAACAGCUGCCACCUCCUCACUAUCGUACUUUAGAAUACUUAAUGCUUCAUCUUGCAAAAGUUGCUGGUCAUGGAGGACGAACUGGAAUGACUCCAAAAAAUGUGGCAAUUGUCUGGGCCCCAAAUUUAUUGAGAUCAAAGGACGUUGAAGGUGGUGGAGUUGGUGCCCUUCACGUAGUGGGUGUUCAAGCAGUAUUAACCGAAUAUCUGAUCCGUUAUGCAGAUCUCAUUUUCAAUGAGAAGCUUCUUACAUUUCAGAGUCCAGGUCCCGAUGAGAGUUCUCCGAGACGGGCGAGACCUAAAUCGUUAGCUAUUUCGACUCCGACAAAAUUGUUAUCCUUAGAGGAAGCCAGAUCGAGAGCAUUAUCUGCAAAUCUUCCUCCGACGCAGCAGAAGUAUAUUGAUGUAGGUGGUGGACCAGAUAAUCUUCCUCCAAAAUAUCACACAGUAAUCGAUUUUCCAGGAGGGAAAAGAGGGAGUGGAAAAAUAAAAAAGUCUCCGUCUGGUUGGAAGUCAUUUUUCUCACGUGGUUGGCAUUCAGGAAGCACUAGAGAAAAGGAUAGGGUUUGUCCUCAAAGAAAAGUUAGUUCUGGUUCAUUACAACAUACAUCAUUACCGGUUCAGGAUGUUGCUAUAACAGAAGCAGAUAUUUCCCAUACGAAAAAGUUACGUACCGUGAAAAGUGCAGAAUCUCUUGUAUUAUUGGGUGGAGGAGGAUCAUCUUGUAGAAAUUCUAGUUCUUCAGAAUCUUUUAAUAUAUCUGGUUUAAUGAAACCUCGUGAAGUAAGCAUUGAAACUAGUGAUGGAAAAGAAUCAUUAAUGGAUUAUGUGGAUAGUAAUCAUGAUUCUCAGAAUUCACCAUGUCUAUCUCUUCAAUCGCCUCAUCUGAAGCAUAAUAGAUCCUCGUCUCACGAAUCUUAUUUUGAACAAGAUAUGGAUAUUGCAACAGAAGAGCAAGAGGUCCAGGAUAGUAGCAUAUAUGAUUUAAUUAAAGAGACUAUGAAUAAAAUGAAGAAAGAAUCUGAAAGAGAAGUUGAACAUCAAGUCGUGGAAACACAUUUUGAAUAUCAAAAUCAACAUGAAACUGAAAAUGAAAUAUUACAAAUUUCAGAUGGAAGGGAGGCAAAUACAAUACAAGAACCAACAGAUAUUCAGUGUGAUGUUCACAAGAGUGUACGAAAGCAAAAACUUCAGAAUGUGGAGACCGAAGUAGGAGAUGCCAAAGUUCAAAAACUCAGCAUGACAAAGUCAAUUGAAAAACAAUCUGAAGAUGUCGUAGAUGACAAUAAUGAUGAUCAGUUGAUAGAAGAUAACAAUGUUACAAAUACUUUGAAGACAAACAAAACUGAAAAUAUGCUUACUGAAUGUGAAGAACCAAAUACUACUUUGGUUAAUAAAAUGGAAUAUUGUGUAACGGAUAAAUUAAAUGACGACAUUGGAUUUGAAAAAGAUCAAGAUGAUAAAGAAGAGAGUAAAGUUGUGGUAGAGCGAUACGGUAAUGAAGAAACAGUGAUUGUUGAAGUUCAUGCAACUCAAGAAAGCUCAGAUGAAGAAGCAGAAAAAUUUCAUACUUCAUCAAAUUUAGAUAGUGAAAGAAACUUAAUUGAUUAUGAUGAAAUGAUUAAGGUAAAACAAACUGAAGAGAGAGACUCAGGGAAAUCAAAUAGUGAAGAAUGUGAAAAUAAAGCCACAUUAAGUAUUGAAAAUAAAAUUGUUAAUGAGGAAAAAGUUGAAGUUCCUAUAAUAGAUAAUGUUCUAGAAGAUUAUAACAUUAAUGAGGUAAAUCAUUCCUUAAAUGAUAAAAUUGUUACUGAAAGUGAAGCAAAUGAUGAUGAAGAUGCUGGCAUUAUUCCUGAUUUAAAGCCAGGAUCUUUGAUUUCUGAGGUUAUGGAAGAAUAUUUGUUAAUAUUAGACAAGGUACAUUCCAAAGAUGAUCAACAAAAUAGUGACAAAUUGCAAUCAUUAAAUUCUAAAUCGAAUGCAUUUAUUUUUAAAGAACCUGAGCAUAUAUCAAAAGAUGAAACUAAACUAUCUUCUAAAGAUGGAAUAGAGAUUUCACAUGAAGCAGUUGCAACAACUAAACGUCUUCCACUCACACAAGUUAAUUUAGAUGAUAGAGAUGAAGUAAAUGUAUUGGAUACUAAAAGGGAGGAAGUCUCUGCAGAAAGUGAACCAAACAAAGAAAAUUUAGAAAGUGAUUUUUCUAUAUUAAAUGAAGAUUUAAGGUCAGAAAGUAAGACUUCUAAAGUUGCCUCGACAAGAGAACCUAGGCAGAGUUCACGAUUUCUUGACAAUGUUCAGUUGAGACAUAUUUCUAAUGUAGCAAAGUGUCCAAAUGAACAUAAAAGAAACUCUGAACCUUUAAGGUCUUCAUUAAGAAAGCAUGGUAAUUCAGAUUCAGUCGAAAGGAAACAUAUGUCAGAGAUAGUACCUAAACUAGAAGAGAAGAAUACUGUUAAAGGUUUGAUGUUAAAAUUUGAAACUUCUCCGAAUAAAAACCCUAGUGAAAUUUGUUCCUCUGAAAAACAUUCAACCAAAGAUAUUGUUUCCAAACCAAAGACCAAUCAUCCAAGUCUUUUUACACAGUUAAAAGUUUUAAAAUUGCAAUCACUACAGUCUGGUUCAUCUGUGACCAAUGCUACCGAAACAGUAGAUCCUUGGUCUGAUCCCAUUCUAGAUAUUGAAGAACAAAAAGAAUCGCAAUCAAUUCCUUUGAAUAAUAGGCCUUCAUUAAUUGUUCAGAGAGAGAAAAGCCCAGAGACUGUAGGAAAAGAUGAGUUAAAUACAAAAGAGUUAGAAGAAAUUAAUAAAUUGAAAAACUUAACAGAAGGAAAACCUGUAGAAAUUAAGCCAAAAAUAAGUAGAGAGUCUAAAGAAAGAAAAGGUGCAAUGGGUUUAAGUGUUUCCACACCUGACUUGGCAGAUAACAACGAUACAAAAGUACCUGAAGACGGAAGUACCGAUGCAUCUACUGCUGUUAACGUAGGUAAUGACACUUCUGUAUCAUCUAGUAAUACAAGUCAGACUGAGGAUGAAUCUGUAAGAAGGGAGAGAAUAAAUAGAAUUAAAGAAGAAAGAAGGGCACAGCUGAGGGAAAAGUUAAGAUCAGAGAGUUUUCGUCUGGAAGCAGAAGAGAAAGAAAAGGUACUGAAUGAGUUUCGUCUAAGAAAACACAAUAAUACAACAAAAAAUAAUUCUGAUAAUACAUCAGGUGUCAAAAAGCAAACUGUUUCAAAAGUAGAAAAAGAUAAGAGUAAAGAGAGCAAUAUUCACAGUUUAAAGACAAAACGGGAAUUGGAUGAAAAGUCUACUGCUCAGCACCGAGAAGUGCCUAAACCAAGAAUUAACACUUCAAUUUCUAAGGGGCUUGCAAAUAAAAGUGCCACGAGUGAGAAACAGGACAGAAAUAAAUCUGGACACACUACCGAUAUUACACAUACUACACAUGACAGAAAUACUUCUAAAAUACAGAGUCCUACCACUCGUAGUGAGAAAAUAUCUUACAGGUCUCCAAAUAAAGAGAGACUGAAGAAAGCUACUUCACUGGAUAGUUCUAAGCAAAACACGAAAUCAGAUUCUAAACCCACAUCACCCACUUCAAAAAUCACGAGGAACUGUGGCGAGAAACUAGAAAAGACGUCCCCAUCCUCCGAAAAGCACUACGCCCAAAAAAGCCCAAGCACAGAUUCGAGACGUGCUCUCUCCUCCCAGUGCACAUCGGCCAUGAGCCAGAAACGAAUAAGAGAGAGAGCGGCAAUGUUCGAGCAUCCAAAAGACGCUCAGGAAAUGUGCAGAACGAACACUUCCUCUAGUCGUUUCACGCGACAGCGCAGUUCUCCCUCGUUGAAUCCCUCAUACGUAAGGUGACACCACGCUCUCCAGCAUCUGGAUUCAUUCUUAUCCAUUGCCUGAAUGGUAAUUUUUGUAUAUUUAUGUAAAUUAUGAAGAAAAUCAAUUUGUUCUAUAGCCAAAACGAUUUUGGUACCACAAGUUUUUUUUAUAUUAUGUUCUUUUGUAUAAAAGAAAACUUCACGGGCUUCCAUCAAACACACAUACAAGUUUUGUAUUUGCAUUUAUUUUUUAUCAUACAUCAUCCCACCUGAACUUGGAGUGAAUGGUUUAAUUAUUGAAAAAAGGAAAUUUACAUUUAGAGAAUUAAGUAAGUAAAAAAGAAUUUUUAAAGUGACUUUUUUACUAUUAUUAUUUGUACAUUUUUUUAAAAAAACACAAGAAAAUUAUGCCAGAGUUAUAUAUUAGUUUCAUAAAGUUUAAGAUAUAUUUGCAAAUUUAUAUAGAGGAGAGUAUUAAGAAAAUGGUUGUGUGAUGAUUCAUAUACUUGAUCGCUACCCCAACUUCGACGAGUAGUGUUUCUUUUGUAAAAUAUAUAUAUAUAUAUAUACAGUAUAUGUGUGUAAAUAUAUAUAUAUUAAUAUUAAAAAAAUAUAUAUAUUUAUCGCAGUUGAUUAUGUAUAUGUGGAAUUUGCCAUAACGAUCAUUGCUUCUAUGGAUUAAUUCCCCUCCUUUUUUUAAAUCGUGCACUCUGGCACUAUUUUAUAUCGAAGCUAUAGUUAAAUGUGCAGCAGGAUAACGUGUGCCUUUUGAUCUAUAUACGUCAAUAGACUUUCCAGGGUUAGUGAUCAUGCUGCCAUUUUCAUUGUUUUGUGCAUAUACGCGACUUUUUGUACAGCAGUUAACAUUAUACUGUGUGUUGAAUAUGCAGUAUUAAAGAUUUUGUUGUAA